AUGGCAAACAAAGGAUGGUUCAACCUAGAAUCCGCAGGAAUAGGGAUUCCAGAGACGCAGUUUUUUGAAGGAGACUCGGCGUUCAAGUUUUUGGGAUUGUCGAGGACUACGAGGCUGUAUGGAUUUAUGGGCUGUCUGGCGAUCGGCUUUGUGCUUAGUAUCUUGGGCUCUAUCGUCCUAUUCUUGGCUCAGCUUGCAUUGUUCGCGAUACUUUAUGCAUUGGGAACUGUCAUCUCUCUUGCUGGCACUGGAUUCUUGAUUGGUUUUGGUACCCAGUUGAAGCUUAUGUUCAAACCUGUGCGGAUUGUCGCGACACUUGUCUUCCUUGGUUCAAUAGGCCUUGUAUUCGUGGGCGCAUUUGUUAUACGUAGCGAUGUCCUUUGUAUUAUUUUCGUCAUCAUCGAAUAUCUUGCAUAUACGUGGUACUCAAUUUCGUAUAUUCCGUAUGCACGUUCCGCUGUCCUCAAAGCCGUUGGUCUCAGUUAA